UCUAAAUACCGAUUUAACAAAAGUGCAAUGUUUCUUUUAUUCAGUUUAGAAAAUAGCAGCAGACAACACACACUGCAUUACAUGGAUUGUUAUAUAGUAGUCCCGUUUUGAAUUUCCUCUGCGCGUGAAACAGGCGACAUCAGUGGUGUGGAUUAGGGUAUGGAUGAAUCUAUAAAUAUAAAGCACAGUGUUGCUUUUCGCCCUCGGUCCAGUUCUAGCCGCUCGGGCCCACGUCCGCCGCGCUUUGCCUGCUGAAAAAGUGAACUACGAGAAAUUCCUUCCGACAUUUCUCGUCUUGACCUUGAAUCGGAGUUAAAAGAAAACCACGCAGACCCUGCCGAAAGCUCUCCUUUAUUUUCUCGCUCCUCGCACUUUUUUUUUUUUUUUUUUUUUUUUUUUAGCAGUGGUACACACGCGACGGUCCGGCGUCUUCGCGUUUUGUCUCAAUCUUAUAGAGUUCUGGAAAGGGUUUUAACGUUAUUUUGGCCGUCUCGCAACCAAUUUCAAGUCCUUGUUCUAGGUGUCGCUGUUGACCACGUCUGAAAGCCCGAACCACCCCGCCAGCGAGACCACGUGACUGGGAAGAGCCUGCGUCUCAAGGCCAUUUUCAAAUUUCAUUGGCGAGAGCGUCAUGUGGUCGCGGAGAGGCUCUUUGGGUUAUACGGGGAUUGUUUUGCUAGACAUGUCAGCUUACAGAGGACACUACUCUGCUUCUUAAAAAAAAAAUAGAAAAAAAAAAAAAAACCCAAAAUGUCCUUUCACAACAGCUCUCCUGCCGCAAACACGUUUUUGGUAGACUCCUUGAUUGGCGCGUGCAGAACAGAUUUUUAUUCCAGCAGUAACAUGUACAUGCCAGCCACUGCAGAAAUGGGAACCUAUGGAAUGCAAACCUGUGGACUCCUGCCGUCUCUUGGCAAACGGGGGGAAGUAAACCACCAAAACAUGGGCAUGAGCGUCCACUCGUACAUACCUCAAACUGAUAACUGGGCAGAUCCGAGCAGGUCCUGCCGAUUAGAGCAACCGCUCAACCAGAUGUCCACCUGCACAUUUUCACAAAGCAUAAAAGAAGAAACUAACUGUUGUAUGUACUCCGACAAGAGAGCAAAGGUCGGUUCGUCCGAGAUACCCGCGUACUCCAACCUGAUUCCAGAAACGUGUUCCGUCGAUAGCCCCGAGAUUCCGGUCCCCGGCUACUUUAGGCUGAGUCAAACUUACGCGACGGCGAAAAACCCGGACUAUGACAGCGAGACGAUGAGCCCGAACGCCACGUUAAUGCAGCUGAACCGAGCGACUCCAAAGGCGCAGUCGACGCCCUUCACCGAGGCGGAAAAGAAGCUUUCCCGCGAGCGGGACACGAGGAGCUCUUCCCCGGCGCACAGUCCGGAGCCCGAAGUCAGCGCGCUGGAGGAGAAGCACUGCUCGACCGAGGCGUCCGUCUCCAGCCCUGAACUGCCGCACAGAGAAGGCAAAGAGCCCAAGAACGACACACCGACGAGCAACUGGUUAACCGCGAAGAGCGGAAGAAAGAAAAGAUGUCCGUACACAAAACACCAGACCUUGGAAUUAGAAAAGGAGUUUUUAUUCAACAUGUACCUGACUCGGGAGCGCCGUCUAGAGAUAAGCAAAAGCGUCAACCUCACCGACAGACAAGUGAAAAUCUGGUUCCAAAACCGCAGGAUGAAGCUCAAGAAGAUGAGUCGAGAAAACCGCAUCCGCGAACUCACAUCCAACCUCACCUUCUCGUGAGCGCCCCGCGAGCCUCCCUCCCCCCUCCCUCCCCGUUUGGGUCCGCGCGCGUUCUCCCGCGUGAACGCUGACACGAGGGCAGCGCGCGACGCUCUGGCUACCUUCACGUCUCGGUGUUGUGCUCGUCGCUAAACCUUUUGUCAUUUGUUGCUACGUCUUUGAUUGCAUUCGAAACGUGAAGCCUUGUGUAUUUCGGUAUGUUUCACGGGGCAUGACUCCGGCGUUUAACUUCCAUAAUAAGGCUGUUCCGAGCGGGUCCGUUUCAGCGGGGACAGAGCGAAAACGUUUGCGCUAAAAAAAUAAAAAAAGGACAUUGAAGCACAUUUGAAAGCAGAGGGUACCCGUUCUGUCUCCAGCGAAAACGUACAUUUAUCUGAAAUAACUGCGUAUAAAAGUUUGUGUAUAAUAAAUGUUUAAAUGUGUCUGUAUCGGUGCAUGUUUGUGGCAUGUGGUCAAUAAAUUCAUUAUGUUGUAAUAA